CAGAAUCUAGACAAGUGAUGUCAAAGGCCCAGUCCUAUCAGGGAAGAAUUCAGGAUGCUUGGUUCACUGAACCAACACAGCAGAUGAUGUCACAAAUCCAAUUGCUCAGUCAAGAUGGACAGUCCACCAUCACAGAACAAAUGACAGAAGACAAUCAAAGUGUUGGUUUGGAAAGCCACUGUGACAUUCUGUCAGCAGGACCAGCUAACGCACCUAGAGUCCGUCUGCCUACAGGCCGACUAGUGCCGGGUCAAUGCACACCAGCAGAGAGGGCCAUCUUAGAGAUGCUGGGGGAACUGCAGCUCCAGGUCCAGCAUCUCACUUCUGUUAUUACCCAAAGAGGCCCCUUUUUGGGUAACAGCAGCCUGAAGAUGCCACCUGCACCAGCAGAUAAAGAGGAAGAAGAUGGACUUCCACUGGAAAGCAUUCAGGCCUUGAAUGACUUUGAAGUCCAUCUUCAAAACAAGAUCUUCAAGCAAAAAUUGGUGUCAAAACUGUCACUGGUUGGGGAACAAACACUUAAAAAAACAGUGUGGCGGAUUUGUGGUGGCAAAGUGUUUGCUCCUCAACUAGCUGUGCAGUUGAACUGGUGUGGCAGAGGAGAGAAAACGGCCAUCAAAAACACACACCUGAAAGACACAAUUGUCUUAUCAGCAAUGAGAAACCCGCUGCUCCCCACUCCAAAUGAGGCUGAAGCUGAGAAGAUCAUUAAAGAGUGGCUUCGCCUUUCCAGUGACAGGCUCAGAAAAAGGCAGCGAUAGUUUUUACAUUUAUUUUAUGUUUUAUAUAUAUAUAAUAGUUUAUGUAUAUAUAAAUACUUGUAAAUAUGUUCUGUUUUUUUAAAGUUAAGGCUAAGUUAGUAGUAUGUAAGUUAUUAUAUAUUUAUAUGUGUAUGUUAAAAUAAGAAACAUUUUAUAUCAAAUGUUUUACAUAA